CCAGCCUUCAGGGGACCGGCCUCGCGCAGCUUCGCGGAGACACGAAGACCAAGAGGAGAGGGAAUCCAACAAUCCGUUCCUGAGGGAGAAAGUCCAGAAGCCCAAGGAUAUGGCAGGGGAUUGCACGUACCAGCGGCCCCCAAAACCCCCAAUAGCUCAGAACGUGAAGAAGCUACAGAGGGGACCGGUGGGGCAUAGGAAUCCCUCCCCAGGAGAGGAGAAUACCAGGGUCAAGUGCAAGAACUGCGGGGCCUUCGGGCACCUGGCCAGCAGCAGGAGAUGCCCCAUGAAGUGCUGGGGGCGCGCCCUUGCCCCCCAACCCUUGGGCUCCAAAAAGAAUGAAAACCGGGAACCCAGGAGGCCUCAGGACUUACAGAUCCCAGGGUCCUUCCCCAGGACUGACAGCAGGAAGGAACCAAGGCAGAGGCAAGAAGAGCGGAAGAGGGAGGCUCUGCCACUGAGACCACCCUUGAGACCGCCACGGAUGCAGCUGAGCUGCUGGAAGGAUCCCGUGGACGUGGGUGCCCACCUGAGGCGCCCCACCAGGCCACUGCCCGUCCAAACAAAUACAAAGCGCUCUGUCCUGGGCCCUGUCUGCGCAGGUCAGCCACCAGUCGUGACACCUGACAUGUGGUCCACACUGCCUCUCAAUAAAGCCCCGGAAAUGUGUGCUUGUGAACCAGCCCGAAGACGUGGGGCGGACUCGCCCUGCCAGGCUCUAAGGAGCUCCUGCCAGGACCCACUGCUCACUGCCAAGUCCACAGCCAGCAGGCCUGAAGUCUUCUCCCCUGAUGUUCCCCAGUCUGCCAGGAAGACACUGGCCCAGGCACAAGCCAAGCGUCCUCGUGUGGCCUCGAGGCCCCACCCGCAGCCUGUCACGGGAAACUGUGGCCCAAACUCCAAACUCGGAAUCCAGGCCCCGGGUAAGACGUCUCCCCAGGUCGCUCUCCAGACUUGCCUGAACCCUCCCAAGAGAGCAAGAUUCGGCCUCUUCUAACCCCCCUCCCAAGCUGAGUUCUUGGUGACGCGGCCUGGGGGCUGUCCACGCUCUUCAGCUUCUCCCCAGCACACUUCUGUUGGAUCCAGACAGAUAGCCCAAGUGA